CGGGAAAUCAUUCAAAAGCAAAUUGGAGUUUGUCCGCCACGCAAACACUCACACAGACAUGAGGCCAUUUUCCUGCUCCGAGUGCGGUCAGAGUUUCAAGAGGAAAGGUCACCUGACGACACAUCUGAGGAUUCACACAGGCGACACUCCCUUCCUAUGCGUCCAUUGCGGGAAAGGUUUCACGUGCAGCUCACAGCUUGUUAGACAUCUGAGAUCUCACACGGGCGUGCGGCCCUAUUCGUGCUCGGAGUGCGGGAAGGCUUUCACCGAGAAGAUGAUGCUGGUCCACCAUAUGAGAGUUCACACCGGCGAGAGGCCUUAUUCGUGCUCGGAGUGCGGCCAGCGUUUUAAACUUAAAAGUGUUCUGAAUGGGCAUAUCAGGGUCCACACGAAAGAGACCCCCUUCCCGUGUCCUGUGUGCGGGAAAUGUUUCACACGGAAAGAUAUUCUCAACAUACACAAGCGCAGCCACUUGGAGAAAUUGCCGUACACGUGUGCAGAGUGCGGGAAAGGUUUUACGUGGAAGAGUACCUUCAUCAGCCACCAGCAAAUUCACACCGGCGAGCGUCCUUUUCCCUGCCCGGACUGCGGCAAAUGUUUCAGACAAAAAUCCUCUCUUACGGAGCAUCGGAGGCUUCACUUAGACGAAGGCUCGUUGACCUGCGCAGAGUGCGGGAAAGCAUUUAAGACAAAAUAUGAACUUCGAGUACAUCUGAGCGUUCACACGGGUCAGGAGGUCUUUCCAUGCUCUGAGUGCGAGAAAUGUUUCUCGCGGAAAGGACACCUUGUUAUCCACCAAAGAAUCCACACGGGAGAACGCCCUUUUCCAUGCUCAGAAUGUGGCAAGUGUUUCUCGCGCAAAGCGCAACUACUGAGGCACCAGAGAAGUCACACCGGCGAGCGUCCUUUCCCCUGCUCAGAGUGCGGGAAAAGUUUCACUCAGAAGGCACAUCUCCUUACGCACCAGAAAAGCCACGAGGGCGAGCUUCCCUUUUCCUGCCCAGAGUGCCCGAAGUCCUUCAAGACAAAAUCCAAGCUCCUGCUACACCGGAGAGGUCACACCGGCGAGCAGGUCUUCUCCUGCUUGGAGUGCGAGAAGUCCUUCCUUACCAAGUGGCAGCUCGUUGAGCACCAGAGAGUUCACACCGGCGAAAAGCCCUUUUCCUGCUCCGAGUGCGGAAAACAUUUUUCACACAAAGCCAGCCUGAAAACCCAUCAGAAGCUCCACACCGGCGAGAAGCCGUUUUGCUGCUCGGAGUGCGGGAAGAGCUUCAUACGGAAAGAACAUCUCACUAAACACCGGAGAACCCACUCGGCAGAGAGACGUUUUCCCUGCUCCGAGUGCGGAAAAAGCUUCAAGAGGAAGUGCCACCUCACCAAGCAUUGGAGGACUCAUACCGGCGAGCGCCCGUUCUCCUGCUCGGAGUGCGGGAAAUGUUUCGGGGAUAAGUCGAUCCUGACGGCGCAUCAGAGAUACCACACGGGCGAGAACCUCCACACCUGCUCGGAGUGCGGCAAGAAGUUUUCUCAGAGGUCGCGGCUUGUGGUGCACCAGAGGUACCACACGGGCGAGAAACCGUACAAGUGCACAGAGUGCGGGAAGAGGUUUAUAAGGAACACCCAGCUAAUCAUACACCAGAGAAUUCACACGGGAGAGAAGCCUUUCCAGUGCUCCGAAUGCGGCCUUUGUUUUUCGCAGAAGUACGAAGUGGUCAAACACCGGAGGAAGCAUACGGGCGACAAGCCGUACUUGUGCCCCGAGUGCGGGAAAAGUUUUGCCACCAAGCACCAACUCACCACGCAUCAGAGAUCCCACCUGGGCCUGCAGCUCCACUCGUGUCCCGAGUGCGGGAAGAUUUUCAUGUACAGAUCCCAGCUUGACCUCCAUCGGAGGUCUCACACCGGGAAGGAGGUGUAUCCCUGCUCCGAGUGUGGGAGGAACUACAUAUUUCAAUCCCAGCUGAGGAAGCACCAGAGGAUCCACGCGAACGACAAGCCACAUUCGUGCCCCGAAUGCGGGAAAUGUUUCAUAUGGAAGUCCCAGCUGGACGUGCACUUGAAACGUCACAUGGGGGAGAAGCCGUUCUCCUGCUCCACCUGCGAGAAACGGUUCGUCACCAAGUCCAAGUUGAAGCAGCAUCAGAAGACGCACUUCCAGGAGGAGCCGUUGCUGUGCGCCAGGUGCGGGUUGGGUUUCCUGUCACGGACCCAGUUAGUCCAACACUACGCCCUCCAUGUCGAGGAGGAACCACUGUCCUGCGUAAAGUAUGAGGAGACCCUUGGGGACGACUCUUAGCUUCUAC